AAGUGCAGUUCGGGCGAUUGGAUGUGCGCUGCUGCGAGCUGUCUCUCCUCUAGAUCGAAGAUGGCGGUGUCCGUAUUCCCCGGCGUGCGGCUCCUCUCUGUCGGAGACGCAAACGGCGACAUACAGCGGCAUUCAGAACAGCAACCUCUACGGCUGGAGGUGAAAACCACCCAGGAUGCGGCCCUGAUAAACCUCUCCAACACAGAAGAGACCUGCGUGUUCAAAUGCUCCAUCUCCCAGGACACAGAAUGCAGCCGCGUGGGCAAGCAGUCCUUCAUUGUCACCCUCGGGUGCAACAGCGUACUGCUGCAGUUCCCAUCCCAAACAGAGUUCUCGUCCUUCUACAACAUCCUGAAGAACUCUCGUGGACACAGAGGAGAGCAGUCAGUCUUCAGCGACAGGACAGAGGAAUCCUCUGCUGUACAGUAUUUCCAGUUCUAUGGCUACCUCUCCCAGCAGCAGAACAUGAUGCAGGACUAUGUUAGAACUGGAACCUACCAGCGGGCCAUCCUCCAGAACCACACAGACUUCAAAGACAAGGUGGUGUUGGAUGUGGGCUGCGGGUCUGGGAUCCUCUCCUUCUUUGCGGCCCAGGCUGGAGCGAGGAAGGUGUACGCGGUGGAGGCCAGCACCAUGGCCCAGCAUGCAGAGGUCCUAGUGAACAGCAACCGGCUGAACGACCGGGUGGUGGUGAUCCCUGGGAAGGUGGAGGAGGUGACGCUGCCGGAGCAGGUGGAUGUGAUCAUCUCGGAGCCCAUGGGCUACAUGCUCUUUAACGAGCGCAUGCUGGAGAGCUACCUGCACGCCAAGAAGUUCCUCAAAAACAACGGUAAAAUGUUCCCAACCAUCGGUGAUGUGCACUUGGCACCCUUCACAGAUGAGCAGCUGUACAUGGAGCAGUUCACCAAGGCCAAUUUCUGGUACCAGCCAUCCUUCCACGGCGUGGACCUCUCGGCGCUUAGAGGAGCUGCUGUGGACGAGUACUUCCGCCAGCCCAUUGUGGACACCUUUGACAUCAGGAUCCUCAUGGCAAAGUCUGUGAAACAUACAGUCAACUUCCUGGAGACUAAAGAGGAAGAUUUAUACAAGAUCGAGAUCCCCUUCAAAUUCCACAUGCUCCACUCCGGCUUGGUCCACGGGCUGGCCUUCUGGUUCGACGUGGCGUUCAUGGGAUCUGUGAUGACCGUAUGGCUGUCCACCGCCCCGACGGAGCCGCUCACCCACUGGUACCAGGUGCGCUGCCUGCUGCAGUCGCCGCUCUUUGCCAAGGCCGGAGACACCAUGUCGGGCACUGCCAUGCUCGUGGCCAACAAGAGACAGAGCUAUGACAUCAGCAUUGUGGCACAAGUGGACCAGACAGGCUCUAAGUCCAGCAACCUGCUGGACCUGAAGAACCCCUUCUUCCGGUAUACAGGCACCACCCCAGUCCCCCCUCCGGGCUCCCACUACACCUCCCCCUCUGAGAACAUGUGGAACACAGGGGGAGCCUACAGCGGGAGCCAGGGCAUGGCUGUGUCCGGGAUGCCUGCAGCCUAUGACCUGAGCACAGUCAUCGGCAGUGGUUCCACGGUCUCUCACAACAACCUCAUCCCCCUUGUGAAUACCGGCAUAGUGAACCACACACACUCCAGAAUGGGCUCAAUCAUGAGCACAGGAAUAGUUCAGGGAGCCUCCACUGGCCAGCCGGGUCCCAGCAGCAGCAGCUCUUACUAUCCCAUCACCAACCAGUUCACAAUGGGCGGGCCGGCCAUCUCCAUGGCGUCGCCCAUGGCAAUUCCUAGCAACACCAUGCACUAUGGGAGCUAAGGGCCGUCCCCAGGGCCCCUGCAUGUCAAGCCUCCCAAAACUGACCACAGCCAAAACCAGAAAACCAAAACCAGUGCUGCCGUCUUUGUGCUCCAUCAUCUCUUCUAUCAGUCUCUCUCUCUCUCUCUGUCUAUCUAUCUAUCUCUCUCUCUUUCUCUCGUUACAUAUCCGUCCUCUACUACAGUAGCACCAUUUUCAGCGAGCCUGACAGUGGACCACUGCCGCCGUCAAUCCUCUCAUCCUGCAGCAGCUGCUAAAACAAACAUAAAAUGUAUUCCCAGUCCAGCCACAGGGUGGCAGCGCUGAUGAGCACAAAACUGAACAGAGACUCAAAAAGACUGGAGAACCACACAGGCAGGCAAGGACGCCAGUCUCACUGGACCAGCCCACCUUUUUUAUGCUUCUCAGAUGCAGCACACACACACACAUACACACACACACAAACACACAGACACACACUCACAGACAAGGACACAAUCACGCACAUAUGCACACGUUAACAGACUGUUGUAGCAAAGAAGACUGUGGUAACAGACUGUAGUCUCAAAGGAGAACCCCUCUCCUCUGAGCAUGGAGUUUGCUGUUUGACUGGGAGUCGCGGUCACUACACAUUGUGCAGUUGGCUUUACAUCCUCCCUUCACACACUCUCGCUCUCUCUCUCUGUCCGUCACUCGGUCUGUGUGUGAGCUUGGCCACAGUAAGCACCACGAUCUCACCAUUGAGAGCCUGCUCAUCUUGGCAUGAACUCUACUCUCCGUCUUGCUAGUCUCGGAAAGAUUUUGUCUUCACCGCGGGUCAUAGACGCAUGUACACUAGUGUAAUAACCUUCAUCAGGUAGCCAGAUGCCCUCCGAAGCAUUUUUUAACCCGUCUUUGACAGAGUAAAAAAAAAAAAAGAAAACUAGCUGGUAGAAUCUUCAGAUAGCCCAGACUCCAUUGCCACUCCAAGGUCUGUUUGUUAGUUUUACAGUAGUGCAGUUAUGGUUGUCCCGUGUAGACUUGGUGUUCCUAGUGGAGAGACUGCAAGGCUAUCAAAACAGCCAUGAUCAACCCCACCCCCACCCUCACCCUCUCAAUCUCAAGCAAACCAUCAUGAAUUUCCUUUACGAUAACUCUUUUUGCCAACUGUGCUUUUUGGAUGCCACAGCAGAGAAGAUUGACCUGUCACAGCCUAUUGGGAUUGCACUGAGGGGAAUGGACAGUCAGACCCGCCCAGUGGGGAGGACGGAGUGGGGGAGUAUGCAGGAGUGAACAUCGGGAAAGCAGACAUGUGGGUAAACGGUGCUCUGUACAUACAUUGGAAAGAUCGAAAGAUAUAUCGCUUGAGCAGCAGGAUCUGAGUUUACAACCCCACACUGACUCCAUGAUUACGUGUAUUGUGAGACUUCUGAUAUCACGGUGAGAAGCCCCUCCUCCCAUUUCAUCAUGUCCCCUCAGAUCUCCAUCUGGCUCGCUCACAACUGAAGCCCAACACCUUGUCGUCCCCCAAGGCCCUCUCAGAGACAUCAGAAAUGUGUAUGCAUUGCUUCCAGUCACAUAUUUUCAGUUUGUUUUGAUUUAGCAUAUUCUUGGAGGUAAACAGGAAAAAAAUGGUAACGUCUGUUAGUUUGUAGAGUUAACUUUUUUUGUUUUGUUUACUUUUUGUUUAUUUUUGUUUUUCUUUCACAAGAAGCAACAAACGAUAAAAAGAAAAGGAAAAAAAGAGCAAAUUAAAUGUCGUGGGAGGAGUCCCAUACACAGUC